CUUCACUUUUCACUUCUUCCACCAUUCACAACUUCGGUGUAGCACUUCAAUCCGAAAAACCAUGGCCAAGGACAUGACUCUGCUGUGGGGCUCCGGCUCUCCUCCCUGCUGGAGGGUGAUGAUCGCUCUGGAGGAGAAAAACCUGCAGGGCUACAACCAAAAAGUGUUCUCCUUUGAGAAAAUGGAGCACAAGUCAAAGGAAGUCAUGGACUUGAAUCCCAGGGGACAGCUACCAGCCUUCAAACAUGGAGACAAAGUCCUGAAUGAGUCCUACGCUGCCUGCAUGUACCUGGAGAGCCAGUUCAAGUCCCAGGGAAGCAAGCUGAUCCCCGACUGCCCCGCAGAGCAAGCACUGAUGUACCAGCGCAUGUUUGAGGGUCUCACGCUCAACCAGAAAAUGGCUGAUGUUAUCUACUACAACUGGAAGGUCCCAGAGGGAGAGAGACACGACUCUGCUGUGAAGAGAAACAGAGAGGCCCUGAGUACUGAGGUCAAGCUGUGGGAGAGAUACCUGCAGAAGGCAUCAGGCUCUUUCCUGGCAGGAAAGAACUUUUCACUGGCUGAUGUGGUAGUUUAUCCAAGCAUUGCUUAUCUCUACCGUUUUGGGUUAUGUGAGGAGCGUUACCCUAAACUGGCAGCUUACUAUAACUCUCUUAAGGACAGACCCAGCAUCAAAACCAGCUGGCCUCCUACUUGGCUGGAGAACCCACAGGGACAAGACCUACUGAAAGACAUCUGAGAUUCAAACACAAAUCAGCUGACACACUAACUGUUACCGUUGUGUAAAAUGUAACCACUCCUUGCAUUGCACUAGUCUAGCUGAGUGGUUUUUUUAAGAAAUAUGCAUUUAGCAAGAGAAUUUGUUUGUGACUUAAACUGCAGAUUAAUCUUUUUGUGUUGUAAACAAAAGCAAUAAAAUCUGACUUUCA